UGUACUUGUUCUGAAGUGUCCAUUGCUUACAAACACACACUGAGUUUUAUGUUUGCUUUGAACGUGAGGAUUUGUAGUGACAAAAAGUUCCAAUCAGGACAUUUUGAUAUGGAGUAAUCAUGAGUCACGCACUACCCACUGGACUUUGGGUCUUCAUUGCGACAAUCACUUCUGUUAGUAUAAAUGCAGAUUAACAACCGCUGUUGAUUCACAAUUUAACUUCAGAUGGGACAAAUUGAGUUGAAACACACCAACGCAGACUAAAACUAAAAAUUAUGAAGAUUCUCCUGGUUAUUACAUUGGCGAUGUGUACAGGUUGCCAAGCCAACCUUUUCGAUGCUGAUGAACCCAAGCCACAACUAAAGUUAGCUGAUGUAUUCAGGAGCUUCGUUGACCAAGCCAGACGCACUGCAGAGGAAACCAUUGAGAAGAUUCAGACUUCCCAAGUGGGACAAGAACUCAAUCAGCACACCACCAACCUGAAGGAAACGAUGGAUCCUCUGAUGACCCAAAUCACAGAAGGUGCUGACAUGCUAAAGAAUCGUAUAGAAGAGGAAAUGAGCGUUGUAAAGUGUGCACUAAAGCCCUACAUUGAAGCUGUCACCGAUCCAUUUGAGAAGGCAGCAAAUCACAUGAGAGAAGCUCUGAAAUUUGAGAAUCUGAAGGGGAGAGAAGUGAAGAGCUGAAAGAGAGUCUGGAGAAAAAUGCAAGAACUGAAGACUUUCAUAACUGCAAUAACAAUUGCCCUUUUCAUCAACACAGAGUUGUACUAGAAUCUUAUUUGUUGUAUAUUUAGAAAGCAAUGACCUGUUGAGAUGUAUAAUGUAAUGUAAUGUAUAAAAUGUGCCUGCUAAACUAGUAUUGCUGUGUGGUAAAUUAGUAAGCCCAAUAAAUCCUCCAGAAAAGUAUAA